AUAUAUAUAUAGAGCAUAGCAGGGCCGCUUUCUUUUGUUAUCUUCACUGGGAACAAUAUAAUUCACCGUACUCUGAGAAACUCAUAAGAAGCAGCAGCAUAUCACGAAAAAGCUAGAGAGAGGAUUCUUGAUUCUGGUUCCGUUUUGAUGCAGCAGAGCUAGAGCAGGGAACAAAUUAAACUGUUGCUUUGAAGAAGCAAUCGCAUUUGCGUUUCUGUUCUGGAAGCGGAAGGGCCUGGGCCUGAUUUUUGCCGUUUUCCUUUCUGUUUCUGUUUCGAGACAUCAAUGGCCAUUCAAUUGCAGUUGCAGCGGCGGAAUUUUGGCCUUCCCUUCGAUUCUCCUGCUCAGCUUCAUCAAUUUCGCCCUAAUAUUCUUCAAUCGGGAGAGCACAAUCUUCUUUGUCGAUCUGAUCAUUCUCACGCCGCCUCUCUCAUGGCGGAAAUGCCGACGGACCACAUGGAUCGGUUCAUCCGAUUGCAGAGUGAAAGAUUCAGGUUACUCCUGCAACAGAAAAGAAACCAGCAAAUCGGAGUGUUGCUGAACCAGAUCGAGACCAGAACGCGCGUCCUGUUUCAGCAGAAGGACGAAGAGAUCGCGAGAGCGAACAAUAGAAGAAUCGAGCUGGAGCAAUUCCUGACGAGAUUACAGAUGGAGAAUCAAGAACGGCAGAGAGCCGUACAAGAAAAUCAAGCCGUAGUCGCGUCGCUCAGCCACGCGCUCGAGCAAAUCAGAGAGAGGAUUUCGUCUGGCGCCAACGACGACGCCGAGUCUAACAACAACGUAGGCGGAGAAGACGACGCCAUUGAUCGCGGAAAGAAGAGGAUGAUUUGCCGAAUCUGCAACUCUCGGAUUUCGUGCGUUCUGUUCUUGCCUUGCAGGCACCUCUGUUCGUGUAAGCCAUGCGAGAGCGGUCUCGAUUUCUGCCCCGUCUGCAACGCGACGAAGAAGGCCAGCAUAGAGGCUGUGAUUUUCUAGGCAAAUUUUCCGGGAAAAAGGUGGAGUUGAAGAUGGACGAUGAACAGAAACCGUGUCAAUUUCAAAGCUCGCUUUUGGUUAGAUUUUGGAAUUAUAUCCGUUUCUUUUUCUUUUUUCUUUUCUGAUCUUUGAUUGAAGCUGUAAUUGGAGGCAAAAAAAAAAUCCAAAAUCAAACUAAUACAGAAAAGCUAGACAGAAAGCAUCCAAUAACUUUGCUGGA